UACAACAACAAUCUUUUCGUCAUGGUGUAUUAUUAUUUCUAACAUGAAGGCGAGGAAGUUGAACUGGAUUUAUUGAACGGAAGCUAUCAAGCAGCAAAACUAGCCUUUUAUAUGCCUACUAUUCAUAUUUGACUUUGGUAUUUAAAGUCCAUGCACACGCGUAAUACGAAUCGUUAGCUAGCCGGAGUAAAGGAUCGUAGGCGCUGUAACUAUAUAGGAACCAGUGAUAGAGUCUCCCUCUAUAUUAAUUUGAUUGUCAAUCCUCCAAUUGGUUAGUUAGUAAACACAUCAUUUUCGUUAACGGUUGUAUCUUCGCAUCUAGGUUCAGCGAUCUGCGUUCUACUUCUCGCAUGUGAUCUUACGACUAAAGGUCUGCAAUAUUUAUCAAGGAAGUUUAUCAGUUCUAAAUUGAUCUCCUCGUUCCUGAGAGACAAGCGACAUGGUAUCGAUCUAAGUGGUGCUCAGAUCUAAGGUGAAGUGGAUGAAUUUGGACUUCAGUGAGAGAUUAAAAUGAGUUAUUUUUGUCCAAUCUUUCAUCGUUGUACAAUUAUCAUAUGAUAUUGCUCGUGUUAAUCUAACUGAUUUUGUUAUCUUCAUCGUUCCAUGGACCAAUGUACGAUAUACCCUUGAUUUGCGGAACCCUAGAUUUGAUUUGAUUCCCGUUUACAAGUUGGACGGACUAUUAACUUUAGGGGCCAACUUCAAGCGGCUACUUUUUAGAGACUUGUACUUUUAAAAACAAGAUUCGUCGCCUAGCUGCAAAGGACGUUGACUCCAAGCAUGGCGGGAGUUAAGUUGUUUGUGGUGGCGAUGUGUUGCUGUGUGGCAGCCACGGUGGUGGCAACACCGUUGGACGACUAUGUCAGCAUGCCGGACUCUCACUACAAGUUCGAAGUCCUGAGCGAACAUCGAGUACACGGGGAGUACAUCGCCUAUGUCCUCAACAUGACGUCACAGAAAUGGCUCACAUACAAUGAUUCUGACUCGGCCAUCUGGUGGCAUUACUUGACUAUCACUGUCCCGGAUAAGCUAACCCAUCCUGGCCAUGCCGCCCUAUAUGUGACAGGCGGAUCUAAUCGUGGAGGUCCCCCCGACCCUCUGAAGGAUCAAGAGACUCUUUUAACCUCUUUUAUGGCCGUUGGUGCGGGGUGUAUAGGUGCUAUUCUAAGGCAGGUUCCAAACCAACCCAUUGUCUUUAAGACGGAUCCACUGCAGAAGAAGCGAACCGAGGACGCCAUCAUCGCCUUUACCUGGCGCCAUUUUGUAGAGAAUGGGACGGACGAACCCUAUUGGUUGUUGAGAAUGCCCAUGACAAAGGCAGUGGUUCGCGCUAUGGAUACUAUUACUGAUCACGUGUCAAAUGUACGUGGGGUAAACGUGUCGAAGUUUAUGGUAGCUGGAGCCUCUAAGAGAGGCUGGACCACAUGGACCACGGGAGCAGUGGACAAACGGGUUGUUGGGAUCGCACCCAUGGUCCUCGAUCUUCUUAAUAUGGUUAAGAAUCUUCAUCACAUGUACCGGUCCUUGGGAGGAUGGACCUUUGCCUUUGAGGACUACUUCACAGAGAAUGUCACCCUCCAUCUCGAUGACCCCAAUACUCAAAAGAUGGCUGACAUCAUUGACCCCCUCGCUUAUGCGGACCGACUGACGAUGCCCAAGCUAAUCAUCACAGCUGGAUCAGAUGAGUUCUUCCUCCCUGAUGAUUCUUACUAUUACUUCGACCUGAUUCCAGAACCAAAGUUUCUCAGAAUUACUCCUAACGGUGAACACUCUCUCACUCUGCAUCAUGUCGAACUCUUGACUGUGAUGACGUCAUUCAUGAGAACUCUCACCGAGCCCGAUGAGUGGACGCAACCCAAAAUGACCUGGAAAAGAUAUGAGAACAGCACACAUGGAAUAAUCGAACUGAACUCCGAUCCACCGCCAUUUAGAAUUGAAGUCUGGCGUACUCUCACAAACAGAGGAAAGAGACGAGAUUUCCGUCUCGCAGUUGCCGCGACAGAGGGCUCAUCCAAGCUCUACCCUCAUAUCAUUCUCUACAAGAACUUCCCUGCGAGAAACCCGUCUCCAGGAAAAUACAUCGCCGAGUUCCUAACUCCUAAAAUUGGAUGGCAGUGCUUCUUCAUCAAGGCCUUCUACUACGCCCCCGGGGGCGCCACCAUUAGCUUCACAACGGAAGCCAACAUAACACCAGCCCAAGAGUACGCCGUUCCUGACUGUCACGGUGCCGAAUGUCGUGGGACCCUCGUGUGACCCCCGUGUGACCACACCCCUGUCCUCUACUAUCACUUUCUCCUCCUUCUUCCACCCGUCACUACGUUCCUAUAGUGUAUACCUAGUUCCAAAUUCUUCAUGAUAAUCCUUAAAAUUUGCCAAUAGUAUGCCUUGCCUUAGAUGUUUAUUUAAUAGACUACGAUGAACCUAAAAUAGAAUACACAUUAUGUAUUAAGUGGGAGAUCACAAUGUAUGGACGGGUACAUUAUUUUGCAUGAUAUGGUGUUAUCCGUACGAGUGAGAUCAUCUCGGCGCGCUGUGAAAAAAGAUUAAACACCCGCGCUUGAGAUCUCUUACUGUGUUCACAGCAAACAUGAUUAAAACAUGGAUUAAUUUUAUACAGGAAUGUAUUUCACCAUAUGGAUGCACUCUUUAGUAAGAGAUACGUGUACUAUGAAACGAGAAGAACAUAUGACAGAGUUGCAAUAUCACUACAUUCAGUAUUUUAUUUUUCUUUACAAAGAGGUGAAGGUUUAUGAUAUUGCUUGUAUUAAUGUAGUUACACAAUACUUGCACAUUUUUAUCAUAUCACUUUAUAGGGCUCCAUUUUCUGUAAAAUAGUUAUUGUUCGUUUUAACAUAAUAAACACGUAUUUCUGUCAAUAAUUUCAUGAUGAUCUACUUUAAAGUCAUUAUCUAUACGUUAUGUUGACUUAAACUGUAAUGUGUAUUAUGUUGCUAGUUGCAUGUUGCUAGUAAUUAUGGUAUCAUAAUACUUAUUUUGCCACAAUAAUUUGUUUUCUUUUAUUUAGUAUCCAAUGCUUGAUCGUACAGAUUUUAUACACGAUGCAAUAUUCAUUUUCAGGAACUGCAUACAAUGAUUUUUUUUUCGAUUAACUAUGCUAUCAGAAACUGGAAUCAAUGCUGUUAUAUGACUAACCAUGCUAUUAAUAGUAUUGUAUGAUGUACUGUAAACGUUUUAUGAAAAAUUGAAUUGUUAAGAUGCUGCAAUAAAACUUCAGAACACAAUUUA